UGCUAAAAGAUUUAUAAGAAAGUUGGGUCAACGCCUCCCAGAAAAAAGUGGCGACCCCAGGUCCGGCGCAUAUUUGGUCCAGCAUAUUUCGUUGGCCGUCCAAAGAGGUAACGCCAGCAGCGUGCUAGGCACAUUUACCCGGGUACCUGUCGACCCUAGUAUAUAAUAUUGUAAAUUAUUUAGAUUUAGUAUUUAAGUUUGUUAACUACUAUACAAAAGCACAUGUAAAUAUUUUUUUAAGUCUUCAAUGUAAUAAAAUAAUUUCUCUUUCUACCACAAAUAUCUUUUUAACAUUGGCAACAUGUGCGAGUGAGACACUGCACCCCACUUUUGCUACCUUAUGUGGACCGUUUUCUCUAGUCUGGUACGAACACCUUUCUGGCUCAGUGAUAAGGUUCAAUUUAGUAUGACAAAAACAUUAAAGCGUCCUCCACCUUUAUAUCUCCAUGGUCAUAUCCAUAUGUCAAAGACGUCAAAGUCAAAAGUCAAGUGUAAACAAAACAGCAUAGGUUAUUGAUAGGUUAUAAAUGAGUGUUUUAUUAUUAUAAUUGGUUGGUAAUAGAAUAUAAUUGGAAACCAGUGAUACGUCAGUGUAGUGUAGAAUCAUAUUGGUAAAACUUAUUAAAACAGCGAAAACGAUUUUCCUAAGGUAAAGAUAAAGGUAAAUUUCCUAAGGCAUCCUCCAGCAUCUCCUGAGGAUGCCUCGUAGAGAGGCGAAACACGUGUCGAGUUUUAUACUUUUGAUGGUGGGUUGUUAUAUUUAUUUGCGUAUUUAUUUUUGCGGUGGGAGGGUGGGAACAUUAAUUGCAUGUAAAAAUACGCAAGUAAGUAUAACAGGUUAGCACUGAUUGACUGACACGUUAUUUUCUCGCGGAUUAGCAAAGUAAUAUUUCUUGCUUUAAUUAGCAUGGAUUUCCGCAAAGUAACGCCUGAUUCUAUUAACCAAAUUCUUUUCGUUGUCUUGUGUUUUGUCCCCAAAAAAUCUGACGGAGUGGAGCUUUUCGUAUGAGAUGAAAUUUCGUUUUUAAUUUUUCUUAUGUAAAAUAUAAUCUACAGCUAGAAAGACAUACUUCUUCCUCCUGCCCUUAUCCCACGUUAUGUGGGGUCAGCACAACAUGCUCUUCUCUUCCAUUCUCCUCUAUCUUUCGUCACCUCAGCACUCACUCCUUUCUUUCUCAUAUCCUCUUUCACACAAUCCAUCCAUCGUUUUUUUUGGGUCUACCAUCCGCUCUCUGUCCAUCAACAUUCAUUCCUAACAUUCUUUUUCCUAUAUGGCAUUCAUCCCUCCUCAUUAAAUGCCCAUACCACGCUAACUUACCACUCCUUAUCUUCUCCGCUACUGGUGCUUCAAACUUCCCCUUAUAUACUCAUUCUUAAUCCGAUCCUUUCUCAUCACUCCACACAUCCAUCUCAACAUUCUCAUUUCCGCUGCGUGCACUCUUCUUUCAUCCGUCACUUUCGUUGCCUAGCAUUCUGAUCCAUACAUUACAACAGGUCUCACAAUCGUCCUGUAGAUUUUGCAUUAUAGAAAGACAUACAACAGCACUUGACUUUAUUUAUUUAUUUGAUAGAUACUUAACAUAGAUACAAAUGUGACGGAGUGGUCAGAAACAAGACAACAAAUAUAAUUUUGACCCAACUACCUAGCAAAAGUGUACCCAUGAAGCUGAAAGACUGUUGUGUGCGUCUGGAGCGGAUUGUUGUGGACCCAUUCACUGACAACACGGGUCAUGAUGAUGAUAAUGAUAUCAAAUUUUCAUUGAAAGCGAGCGGUAGUGAGUCCGGGCUGUCCGCCGAAAGCACUGCGAGCAAGCGUCAUACACGUGCUUUGACCACACGCAAAAAGAAGGAGUACCCAUGCGUAAUAUGCAAAAAAGUGUUUACUACACAAUAUAAUUUAAAAACUCAUGAGUUCGUACACACAGGGGAAAAACCUUUCUCGUGUGUCAUUUGUAAGAAAGGAUUUUCACAUAUAAGUAAUUUAAAGGUACAUGAAUUCAUUCAUACGGGAGAAAGACCGCAUUCCUGUCAAUUAUGUCAUAAGAAGUUCAGAUUCUCAAGCACAUUGAAAAAGCAUAAACAUGUUCAUAUGAGCGUAAAUACUUAUAAUUGCGAAUUAUGUCAAAAAAAGUUUAAAUUCUCAUCUUCGUUGAAGAUACAUAAACGUAUACACGUGCCGAUUAAACCUUACUCGUGUCUAGUAUGUAAACGAGAGUUUUCACAAUUAGAGCAUUUAAAGCUGCAUGAAUUAAUUCACACGGGGGAGAAGCCUCACACUUGUGAAAUAUGUCAGAAAACCUUCGCAUCGGUACAAUAUUUAAAUAAACAUAAAAAUGUACACUUGGACGAGAAAAAUAAACCUUACUCGUGCCUUAUUUGUAACAAAAAGUUUACACAAGCAAGUAAUUUAAAGACACACGAACGAGUUCACACUGGAGAAAAUCCUUAUUCCUGUAAAACAUGUAAAAAAGAGUUUAAUACAUCGACUUCCUUAAAUCGUCAUAAACUAACUCACACAGGAGCGAAACCUUACUCGUGCGAUUUAUGUAAUUAUAAAUGUAGACAAGCAUACAAUAUGAAAGUUCAUAAGCGUUCACACUCAGGGAUUAAACUUUACCCGUGUGUAGUGUGUAAAAAAGGGUUCUCGAGCUCAAGUCAUUUAAGGAAACAUGAAUUCAUUCACACUGGAGAGAGACCUUAUUCCUGCGAAACAUGUCAGAUGACGUUUACAAGUUCUACUAGCUAUAAAAGACAUAAAGACGCUUAUACGAGUAACAAGCCUAACAACUGCAAAAUCUGUCACAAGAAAUUCCGUUCUCCAAGAACUUUCAAAGAACAUAUUGAAAGUGUACACUGAGAAAUUAACCACAUUAAUUUGCCACAAGGAAUUCAUUUAUGCAAGAAGUUUCAAGAGACAUAAUGAAAAAGUACAGUGAAAAAUUGAUCUAUUUCUACGUACCUAGUUCAAAAGAGUCCAAAAACCUUUCGCCAUCAUGCACGGAGAAAACGGAAAUGUACCCAAAACGUUUCUAAAACCUAAUUCACGAAACUAAGCAACGCAAAAGGAGAAUCGUUGAGUAAAUUUUAAUUUAUGUUUAUUCUCGAGUAUUAUUAAAUUGAUUUUUAUGUUCUGAAUGGUCGGGAAAUCCAACUGUACAUAUUUAGUUACUCAACAUCUGCCAUUUAAAACAGUUUACGUUAAUUUAUAUAGAUAACAAUAUACACUAUAAUAUACUAGCUUAUAUCUAAAAUAGGCCCUUGAGGCAUUGUACCAAGGAUGCCGGCGGCAUUUCCUCGUUGUAUCGCAAUACUGAUACGUUGUGCGAGGAAGCCGCCAGCUCUUCGGUCACCAGUUACGUCAAGACGUUUCGCGAUUUCUCCAAAAAACUUGAGCGCGCUGGGACCCCAUGGACCUAGAGUUCCAACGCCAAAUGGUACAAAAUGGUACUCUCUACCGAGGCUCUUAAAUUUUUUUUUAUGUAGAUAUACUUAUUAAAAUAAAAAACCUUUAAGUAACAUUUUCUUAAUAGAUUUAAUGCGACCAAGAUUUGUAAUAAAUAAUAACAACUACGAUUAAAUAAAUAAAUUGGAUU